CCGGCCUCCCACCACCCACCGGCCUCGCGCUCCGUCGGGACCGAGCUGCCGAAACGGAGGAGUUUCGAAGUUUGUGGAGCAGCCGGCGCGGGGGCCAUGUGGCUGCUGUGGUUGUUGCUGGGCUCGGCGGAGAGCCAACUGUUGCCUGGGAAUAACUUCACAAAUGAAUGCAACAUUCCUGGAAACUUCAUGUGCAGUAAUGGGCGCUGUAUCCCGGGGGCCUGGCAGUGUGAUGGGCUGCCAGACUGCUUUGAUGACAGUGAUGAGCGAGAAUGCCCAAAAGCCAAAUCCAAGUGCGGUGCUACAUUCUUCCCUUGCGCCAGUGGGAUCCACUGCAUCAUCGGCCGUUUCCGGUGCAAUGGCUUUGAGGACUGUCCUGAUGGCAGCGAUGAAGAGAACUGCACAGCCAAUCCCUUGCUUUGCUCUACUGCCCGAUUCCACUGUAAAAACGGUCUUUGCAUUGAUAAGAGCUUUGUGUGCGACAGUCAAAAUAAUUGUCGAGACAACAGUGAUGAAGAAAGCUGCGAAAGCCCCCAAGAGGCAGGCAGUGGCCAAGAUUAUGUGACCUCAGAAAACCAGCUGCUCUACUACCCUAGCAUUACCUACGCUAUCAUUGGCAGCUCUGUCAUUUUCGUUCUUGUGGUGGCCUUUCUUGCCUUGGUCCUGCAUCACCAAAGGAAACGCAACAAUCUUAUGACCUUGCCAGUGCAUCGACUGCAGCACCCUGUCCUGCUGUCCCGGCUGGUGGUGCUUGAUCACCCACACCACUGCAGUGUCACCUACAACGUUAACAAUGGGAUCCAGUACAUGUCUAGCCAGGCCUACCACAGGCCAGUGGACCUGGACUCUCCACCAUCCUAUUCGGAGGCUGUGCUCGACCAAAGCAGACCACCUUGGUUUGACCUUCCUCCACCGCCUUAUUGUUCUGAAUCUGAAUCCCCUAAUCAGCCAGAUCUUCCUCCUUACCGAUCUCGAACAGGAAGCUUGGCGAGCACAGACACCCCCAUGGCAGGAAGCCCUCUGGGAACAGCUGGCAGUUGGACAAGGGACAUCCAUGACAGUAUGGAUGGCCACAGAACACUUCUUGAGAGGACAGCAGAUCAAAAUGAUUCUCUGAUCAACUACACUGCUGAAAGAGAAAUGUAAAUGCUUCAGUAUUUGUGAUGGGCAGGAAGGCAUUUACCUUUUCAAGUCUGUAUGGGUUAAUCUGCUGUGGCUAAUAGGUUUCAGGGGGACAUCUGCCUGAAUGAUGACUUGAUUUGAAUCCACACUAAGUUAAUUUUUUAAUUGAGCAUUUUGGACUCAUCAGAGACAGGGCUGUAAGAGCUAAACGUCACGUCAACUCUCCACAAUAUUUCAGCAAGCAAGUUUUGGUUCCGACUAGUAAGAGAAACAUCAGUUCUGUGUCAAAGAACUGAUGUGAUGUCCGUCUUGGACUAUUAACUGUGUAUGAAUGUACAUAUGUGCUUGUAUAAUAUAUAGAGAUGUUGCACACACA